AAUUCCUCCACUAACUAGUAAUUUUCAAUGUUUUAGGAUGAUGCUCUGACGCCUUUAUCCGGCAGUAAUCGCCUUUUUGCCAUUUGUUCGUCUGAUAUGCCGACAGCAUGAUCUAUGUUGAAACAUCCCGUGUGGUAUCUCAGUGCUAAUUUAAACAGAUCAAAUUUAUACUGGUAAAUCGAUGUAGUUGUAUAUGUGGUCAAAGAUGAAGUGAAAAAGACCCAGGGAAUGCAAUUUCAUAGCAAGAUUCAUAGAACCAGCUCAUGAUGGAAUCGAAAAAAAAGACGCAGAGAAACCUGACAAGCUAAYCACACCUAGCCUAUCCGAUGUUCGCCGCAACCCGUUAAUUGUCGGGUUUGCCACUCAAGUCCGGCGAUCACGUGAGUCAAACUCAGUUUUAAGACGAAGUCAAAAGGGAAAGCUCAUAUCAGUUCACGUAACCACAAUAAGUGAUCUUAAGAACUAAAAGAGACAGUGAAAUCUGAAAUAUUUUCUAUAUUGAUAGAUGUCAGUCUUUAAUUUUUGCUUUCAAGUUCCGCAGUUGUAAUUCRCACUGAGUCCUCUUCCUUCCGUUCAGUUUUAGUUGAUGAAAUAUCGCUUUAAAGUUGAAGGGGCUCUUAUUCACCGAAUGAAUCGCCAGCAUUUUUGACGGAAACAUCAAUAUACACUCUGGUUGUACUUCCUAGAGUCCUGAAAACCUUUUCUCGAUGAAUUCUACGAGCAACACCACUAAUUUUGAAAGAUUACAAGAGCAGCUGAGAGUGCGAGGAUUGGGAGCUAUCAUCACCGAUUCGUUUUUUGUGAUAUUCAUUAACUUAUCGACAUUUCUUGGGAAUCUUCUUGUUCUAACUGCCGUGGUACGUAACCCGAGGCUUAGGCAGAACAUAUGUAACCUCUACAUCAUAACUCUCUCAGUAUCCGACCUGCUGAUGUCGCUUCUUGGCAUUCCAUUUUCAUCAGCGGCCACGGCGCUCGGGAGAUGGCCAGCUGGUCAUUUAUACUGUCAGCUUCAAGGCUUUUUCGUGCUUCUCCUUUGUGCCGUGUCUUUGCAAACUCUCGCCUUGACAGCGGUGAACCGAUACUACAGAACAACACGUACCAAUGUCGUUUAUCGCCGCUAUUUCACAAUGAAAUCAACUAAAGRAACAAUCAUCAUUCUGUGGGUAACGGCGCUCUUCGCCCCGCUUCCUUACGUCGCCAUGGGAGAGGAAUUCAUCUUUCAUCCUGGAAAAGUCUUCUGCACACAUAACUAUGCAUCACUUGUGAUUGGAUAUGGUGCAUUUCUUGUUCUAUUGUACGUGGUCAUACCAGUGAUUAUCAUAAUUUUCUGUUACAUCAAAGUGUUCUUCUGGGUUCGUCACCACAAUGCUAACUUUAGAGUGCACACGAUGAAGGGUGAACAAGACUUGUCAGGCCCACGACUCAGUGUUCAAGAGGUGAACAUUACCUGGACGCUUCUUGUGGUAGUCCUUGGAUUCAUGUUUUGCUGGACACCUGUGGUUGUCAUAGAUCUUAUUGACUUUGUUAAUGGUGACUGGAAGUUAUCAAGACAGGCAUACCUUAGCUACAGCUGCUUUGGGUACAGUAGUACUGCUAUUAACCCAAUAAUCUAUGGUGUAAUGAACAGACAUUUUCGCAGGGAGUAUUCCAAAGUUCUUCCUUUUCUUAAAGCUCUUGGAAGUCGCUCACACCARGAUGUACAAAGCGCAAAGGUGAUUGCGGAAACUGGGAACAGCUUGAACACUGCGUCAAGGCAGUGCGACAAUGGAAACUGAGUCGUUUAUUUUUCUGCAACAUCAGCAACAGGAAUCACAUCAAGAAAGAUCUAGAGUUAUGAGUGUGUGUGUACUAUUGCAACGCAAUAUAUGAGUGGACUUGAAUCCUGAAGCAGGGUGGCAAGGGUGGCCUAGUGGUUAAGCUGCUGGUCUCUCACCGCUGUGG